AUGGAGCAGAAAGAAGGGAAGCCGUUGGAGGAUGAGACCACUGUAUCUCCAACCACAGAGAACCCUGGGGCCCUGGGAAAUAGAGCCUCUACAGAGACAGAGGCCAAUGGCGCAGCUGGGGAAUCUGGUGAAGACAGGCCUCCAGAUGGGGUAGGAAAGCCAGAAAACGCACCAGCUAAGGACAGCAUCCCAGCGGAACUCCAGGGAGAAGCAGAUGGGUUAGAUGAGGUCCAGGUGAAAUCCAAAGGGGAAGCCGAGCCUGAACCUAAAAUGGAGGAUGGUGGGAAGCAAGAGACCACAGAGGCCCCUCUGAACAAGACUGACAGGAAAGGAGAAACCAAAUCUGAGCUCAAGGAGGCUGAGGGGAAAGAGGAGGCCACACUGGCCGAGGAGAAGCAGAAGGCUGAGGAGGAGGCCAAGCCCGAAUCCAGGGAGAAAGCUGACGGGGAUGACCAGGCCAGGGCUGAACCCAAGGAAGCUGACGGGAAGGAGGCCGCCAUGAUGACACCUCAGGGAGAGAGCGACAAGAGGGAGGAGGCCAAAGACGAACCCAAGGAGCAGGCAGGUGCAAAAGAGGCCAACACUGAAGCUCAGAAGGCAGCUUCUGAGGCUAAACCUGAACAUCAGGAGCUUGAUGGGAAAAAGGAGGCCGACAGUGAUGCCAAAGAAGAGGUGAGUGAGGCAGAGGAGGAGGAGGAGGCCCCACAAAGGCGAAGCAGCCAUGAGCAUGGUGGUGCCAAUGAAGAGCAGGACCAGCAUGUGGAGAUAGAACCAGAAGAAGGGGAAAGGGUGGUCCCCAGCUCCCCUGAGGAGUGGCCUGAGAGUCCCACCGAGGAGGGUCAUGGCCUCAGCCCUGAUGAGGUGGGCCCAGAAAUAGAAGCUUCUGGAGAGACCAGUCCUUCUGCCAGUGAGUCGUCUCCUAGCGAUGUGCCCCAGAGUCCCACGGAGGCACCUUCCCCGGGGGAGAAGAAGAAGGAGAAGGCCCCAGAGCGCAGGGUGUCAGCCCCUACUCGGCCCCGGGGGGCCCGUGCACAGAACCGCAAAGCCAUUGUGGACAAGUUUGGCGGGGCAGCCUCGGGCCCUACGGCCCUGUUCCGGAACACAAAGGCAGCAGGGGCAGCCAUUGGUGGGGUGAAAAACAUGCUUUUGGAGUGGUGCCGGGCCAUGACAAGGAAAUACGAGCACGUGGAUAUCCAGAACUUCUCCUCAAGCUGGAGCAGUGGUAUGGCCUUCUGUGCCCUCAUCCACAAGUUCUUCCCUGACGCCUUCGACUACUCUGAGCUGGACCCCACACAACGCCGGCACAACUUCACCUUGGCCUUUUCCACUGCAGAGAAACUGGCCGACUGUGCCCAGCUGCUGGAGGUGGAUGACAUGGUACGCCUGGCAGUGCCUGACUCCAAGUGUGUCUAUACCUACAUCCAGGAGUUGUACCGCAGUCUCGUCCAGAAGGGACUGGUGAAGACCAAGAAGAAAUGA